AUAUAACACGCUUACGUUCCCCUCAUCUGUGAUCGUCCCCGCAGCAGUCUGUGUGCUUGACUACUCUGUAUACCUCACUACAUCCACCUCAUAUACCACCUAUCAUACACAACAUGAGUGGAAAGUCACCUGUCACGAACGGCCAGUCGUCGCACGGAUCUCACGAACCUAUUAUCAAGGUCCAACCGCCACGCCGUGAAGACCUGCAACCAUCCUAUGCACAGGUUAUCAAGCCCGAUACUGAGGAUGAGGCGCAACAUGGUUGGUAUGGUGGAAUGAUAAACAGCCUUGGAUCGAUCAUCGGAACUUGCGGUGCGAUUCCAUGCUGUUUCGUAUGCCCCAACCCUUUCAAAACCGUCACCCAGGGUCAAGUUGGUCUGGUAACGAGGUUUGGACGCUUUGCGCGCGCAGUCGACCCAGGUCUCGUUAAGAUCAACCCGUUGUCUGAGCGCCUGAUUCAAGUGGAUGUCAAGAUUCAGAUCGUUGAGGUCCCCAAGCAAGUCUGCAUGACCAAGGACAACGUCUCCCUGCAUCUCACCUCUGUCAUCUACUACCGCAUCACCUCGCCACACAAGGCUGCCUUUGGCAUCUCAAACGUCCGCCAGGCGCUCGUAGAGCGCACACAAACCACCCUACGCCACGUCGUCGGUGCCCGCGUCCUCCAGGACGUAAUCGAGCGUCGCGAAGAAGUCGCACAGUCCAUCCGCGAGAUCAUUGAAGAGAUUGCACUGGGCUGGGGCGUCGAGGUCGAGAGCAUGCUAGUCAAGGACAUCAUCUUCAGCCAAGAGCUCCAAGACUCGCUGUCCAUGGCAGCCCAGAGCAAGCGCAGUGGUGAGGCCAAGGUCAUUGCCGCGCGCGCCGAAGUCGAGAGCGCCAAGUUGAUGCGUCAGGCCGCCGAUAUCUUGUCCAGUGCUCCAGCUAUGCAGAUUCGCUAUCUCGAGGCCAUGCAGCAGAUGGCCAAGUCAUCUAACAGCAAAAUUAUAUUCAUGCCUGCUAUGAAUCAGUCGGUUCAGGCUGCGAUCGCGCAGAAUCAUGCGAAUGGCGAAGCUUCUUCGUCG